AUUGGCUAAAUUUUUUCAUAAAAUUUGAGGAGUCUGUCAGUCAAGUCAACUCGACGAUUUCUGCAAUUUUUUGUCUUCUGUCUUGUGUGUGUGUUAUCUUGCCGGUGCUGAUGUGUAUUAGCUGCUAAUUAAUGUUGUUUUAGUAAUAAAUAACUUCAACAAGAUGACCCUACUAAGUAGUAAGCGGUUUUUAUUGAGUGCUCUGCUCCUGAGCCUCGGAGCCAGCCUGGCGCUGGCUGAGGAACAAGAUGCGGAUGAGGCAACAGUUGAGACUGUAGAGGAAGCAGAGACCUACCACAGUCCCCAAGUGGACAAAGACAAGGCAUUCUUCAUGGAACACUUUGAUGACCAGGAAGCCUUUGAAAAGAAAUGGGUCAAGUCUGAAGCCAAGAAGAAGGGUGUCGCUGAAGAAAUAGCCAAGUAUGAUGGCCUAUGGCAGAUAACCACCCCUAUCAAGAAGGCGUUCAACGCAGACCUCGGUCUAGUGCUGGCUACAGAGGCCAAGCAUGCAGCUGUAUCGGCCCUGCUUGACCGCCCCUUUGUGUUUGGAGACAAGCCACUGGUAGUGCAGUAUGAAGUCACUAUGCAGGCUGGCCAAAUCUGCGGUGGAGCCUACCUCAAGCUCCUCUCCAAAGGCACAGACACUAAGGCGGACCUCCGUUCCUUCCACGACCAGACCCCCUACACCAUCAUGUUCGGGCCAGACAAGUGUGGGUCGGACAACAAGCUGCACUUCAUAUUCAGACACCGCAACCCGGUCAACGGGUCUAUCGAGGAGAAGCAUAGCAAGAAGCCUACUGAGCGUCUAGAAGAGAUCUACAAGGAUAAGGCGCCUCAUUUGUAUACGCUGAUCGUUUCACCAGACAAUACCUAUUCCAUCAUGAUUGACAACAAAGAGGUGUCAUCAGGCUCUCUGCUGGAAGACUUCACGCCGCCCGUGAACCCUCCCGACGAGAUCGACGACCCCAACGACGUGAAGCCCGUCGACUGGGACGAGAGGGAGAAGAUAGUAGACAGUAGCGCAGUGAAGCCCGAGGACUGGGACGAGUCAGCCCCCGCUCAGAUCCCCGACCCCGACGCCGUCAAGCCCGACGGCUGGCUGGACCACGAACCUGUUAACAUACCAGACCCCGAAGCCAAGAAGCCUGAGGACUGGGACGCGGACAUGGACGGCGAGUGGGAGGCGCCGCUCAUCGACAACCCGGCUUGUAGCGUCGGCUGCGGCGAGUGGAAGCCGCCGCUCAUACCGAACCCGAGCUUUAAGGGCAAAUGGCGGCCUCCUCUCAUCACGAACCCCAACUACAAGGGCCGCUGGGCGCCGCGCAAGAUCCCCAACCCCGACUACUUCUACGACGACCAGCCAUUCAAGAUGACGCCUAUCCACGCAAUAGGCUUCGAGCUGUGGUCCAUGUCUCCGAACCUCCUCUUCGACAACCUCAUCAUCACGGACGACCCCGCCACGGCCGAACAGUUCGCUGCCCAGACGUUCGCGCCCAAACUGAGCGCGCUCACCAAGUAUGAGGAGUCGUUCUUGGACGCGGCGGUGCAGUUCGUGGCCGCCAACCCGUGGGUGUGGGCUGUCGUCGUGCUACUCAUACUGGUCGUCAUCGUGAUAUAUAUCUACGUGAGGGCUGGGCCUGAUGAGGACGUAGAAGAAGCGCUCAAGAAGGCCGACGCCAUGACGCCUGAUGACCUCUUGGAUGAGGAGGAGCAGGAGGCGCGCGGCGGCAAGGCGAGCCUCGAGGAACCCGCUGAUGACGAGGAGCAUUCUACCCUCCGGAAACGGAAGAAGGACGACGGGUCCGGAGACGCGUCCAAGAAGAAAGACGAGGAGUGAGGAACAGACACAUUCUGUUAGUUUAAAUUAUUAUUCAAGUUUCACCAACGAAAUAGACGUAUGGUUAGCUAAAUAUAUAAUGUACGCCACUGAAACACAACCUGUAAAGACUGUAUGUAUCGAUGUUUUCAAUAUAUCUUCCACCCAUCAGCCUCAGAAUCAAACUUUUUGUCUGGGUUGGCAAUGGCAUACAUAUAUCUUCUGCUGACUGUACACGAUUCUGAAUCUAGACGCUUUUUCAAGGAUACUUACGUGCCUUUGUAAAGGAAGUAGAUAGUGUGAACUAAAGUCAAAUAUUCGUAAUUUGUCGUGAUUCAGAACCGUGUAUUCCCACUGUGCAAUAGAUUGGUUAAUUAGCGAUUUCCACGAAUUUCGCUAACCAAAGAAAUAAGGUAAUAUAUUAUAUUGUUUUAUUUUCUCCUGUUUAAUUUAUGUUUUUUUUCUUGUUGUGAAACAUGUUCUAAAUAAAGGGAACAAAGUAUUGAGUAUUAAAUAUGUUUUACUAUUAAUUGUAAUAGUAUAAUAUAUGUCGGCGUUGAUCGCCGUAGUUUUUGUAGAAAUGCCUCGUAUAUCGGCAUGUUAUUCGCGUGAGAAUUCGGUAUAGACUGAUUUUAUUAUGCGACGCGUCGGCUUAUAUACUCGCUUACCCCCUCUCCUACUCUAAAGGAAGUGACGUCAUACUCAUAUUAUCACCGGAAGUGCUAAAGGUGCGUGGAUAUAGGUGUCUCGAAAUAUUGGAAUGCUUUAUGUAGUGGACGCGUCGACAUAUAUUAUUAUUUUAAAAGCAGUCGUAAGAGUCAUUGAUUUCGCAUUUAUGUUGUAUAAAUAGAACUCGGAGGUAUUUCUACCUCAAAUGAUUGUCAUAAUAUUAUAUGUAUUUAAAAUAAUCCUAUAUUUACGGUUUGAAAGCUUACAAUAAUUGGAUAGGGUGUACAUUUUACUACUUAACCUGUAGAUAAAUUUAUCUUUGUCCUAUGCAAUUUUUAAUUAACCUAUAUGUUAGAACAAAAUUUCAUACUCUUUGGAAGUUGGCAUACAUAUGUAGAUAAUUUUGUGCAGAUUUUCCUACUACGUUCAACUGUCUCUAGGUAUAUUUCUAUGUAUCAUUAUAAUGCAAUUUUGCGUUCUCACUGUUCUGGUUUUUCACUAAAUGUGUAAAAUAAAUGUGUGUACAAGUAAAUAAUAUAAUAGGCUAUUAGCAUAGGUGUCUGUAAGAGUUGAAUACGUUUUGUGUUACGUUAAUUUGGCAUUGUGUUGCGAUCCCGUGUGAGAUAGUAUAUAUGAGCUGCAAUAUAAUAUAUAAUAAUAUAUAAAUGUACGUGAAUGAUAAACAAUAAAUUCGGAUGGAUUUGUAA